CGAUCGCAAAUAUCCUUGGCACCGUGCUCGAUACUCGAGGCUCGGACGGGUACGCGGCCGGAAACGAGCGUCGAACGCGACGAUGCUCGCUCUUCUCCUCGUAACGAUCGCGGUUUGCGGAUUCGUGACGAAAAUCGAAACGCGGGGAAAUUGUUCCGACACCGGCUGGGAGAAAAUCGGCAGCGUCAAACCGGAGUCCAUAAGCUCACAAACGAUUCUGUACAGCGCCGUAAACUCAAAGGGAAUAACGAAACCCUGUUUCGAGAGGUGCGACCGCGUAAACUGCACCGCGUUCGUCGUAGAUUUCGGCCGAAGCGUUUGUUACAGCGUUCGAACGGAGGACGACGAGCUGAUACCGGAAGCGAAUUCGACCUUCUACCAGCGAGUCUGCGUGAAAGUUCCACAGAGUUGCAAACGAGACAGAUUUUGGCAAGUCGAGAGAAGCCCGGGAGCGGUGUUGAUCGACUCCGGAGCCUUUCACUUGCCUCAACCCAUCACCAGAAACCAGUGUUACGAAAAAUGCGUGGAGACAGGAAGAAGCUGUCAAUCGGCGCAAUUCCGAACGACCAAGCCGCUCUCGUCCGAUAACGCGAUCGGCCAAUGUUCCCUAUCGUUGCUCGAACGGGGGAUCAAACCUCGUGCUUACAGAGCCUCCAUGUACAGAGACGAAUAUCUUUGGGAUCAAUGCCGUAACCUCUCGAGACAAGAAUAUUGCUCCUACGCGGAAUUUCCAAACGCCUCCUUACCCUACUCGGACCUCGCGCUGCUCGAUCUUAACGAGAAUCAGUGCCGACAGAGGUGCGACCGGAGCGUGGACGGUUUCAUCUGCCGCGGAUACACGAUGGACAACUCGUCCGGGGAACCGGUAUGCCUGUUGCACUCGGAGGACACGAACGGUCUCGGAGUUAGCUCGCUGAUCGUCGCGUCGAACGUGAUCUACAGGGAACGGGAACCGUGUCUGGACCUGAGGGUACGAUGCGACCAGUUGACGAUCACGAUCGAGCUGAGAACCAACGACCGAUUUUUCGGUCGGAUCUACCCGAUUGGUCACGCGGACGACUGUGGUGUUCAAGGCGGAGGCGGUAAUCGCACGUUGUUGGUCUUGCCGAUACCGUCCGUCGAUCGACUACGCGACGGUAACGGAAUUCAAUGCGGUCUGAACUUAGCCUUCUCCGUCGACGAUCGAAAUCGGACACGACCCCUGGUCUGGACAACGAUCGUGGUGCAGUUCAACCCGAUCGUUCAACGUUUGGGGGAUCAAGCGGUCAAGGUUGGAUGCUCGUUGAACGAUCAAGAACCCCCGAUUCCGCGCAACGUUACCGUCCACUCGAGCUUCAGCUUUCUCGACCCGAACGCAGGAGUACCACCCAUAUCCUCGACCGUCGUGAACGCCUCGUCCCAAGCGCCGAUGGUCACCAUGAGGAUUCUGGACGAAAACUCGAGGGACGCGGUCGUCACGCACUUGGGACAGAAAUUGACGCUGAGAAUUCAACUUGAUCCACCGAACGACGCCUACGACAUCACCGCCGGUCACCUUGUAGCGAGCAGCGCUUCCGGCGACGCUUCCUACUUGCUGUUGAACGAACUCGGUUGCCCCACCGACCCUACCACCUUCCCAGCCUUGACGAAAGAUCCGCUCGACGGCCGCUCCUUGAUCUCGACCUUCGCCGCCUUCAAGUUCCCCGAUAGUCAACUAGUUCGAUUCAACGUGAUCGUUCGAUUCUGUUUGGAAAAAUGUACGCCGGUGAGUCGAUUCCCUCCUCUCUCCGACGAACUCGCUGAUCGAUUAUUUCACGCGUUACAGACCAUCUGCAAAGGCGAUCAAAUUUCCUACGGUAGAAGAAAACGAGCCGACGAACCGCGAGAGGAAACUCUCGAAGAACUGCCGCUGCAGCUCUCUAUAAUCGUGCAAAAUCCUGUCGCGUCUUCGCCGGAUCGUUUGUCUUCGACGAGACCCAGCGCAUCCCCUGAUACCGUGCUGAUCACCGGUGAAAACUCGGUGGAUGGACUCUUUUGCGUGGACCCUAGCCUCGCUCUGAGCCUGUUGAUAUUCUGGCUGAUCAUACAGAUCGCGUUAAUAGUCGGCUGUCUGUUGACGGUCGCUCAAUACAGACGGACGGCCAUACGAGCGGAAGAGGAGAGAGCCAACGUGCUGGCCAGACACUUGUACGGCAUCCACGGAGGAAACUUUGAAAUCACGCGGAGAGUCAGAUGGGCCGACCACCGUGCUUCCUCCUCGUCUUUCGAUUAAAUCGUUGCCCCAUUUUUUGCUAUUAUCCGGAAAGUCAGAGUAACGAUACUAUCGGCUUGUGAAAAUGAUUAAAAACAAUAAUAAUUUUAUUUUUAAUUACA